GUAUGUCUGGACGCGGUAAGCAGGGCGGCAAGGCUCGCGCCAAAGCCAAGACCCGCUCCUCCCGGGCCGGCCUGCAGUUCCCCGUGGGCCGCGUGCACCGGCUGCUCCGCAAGGGCAACUACUCGGAGCGGGUGGGCGCCGGCGCCCCGGUGUACCUGGCGGCCGUGCUGGAGUACCUGACGGCCGAGAUCCUGGAGCUGGCGGGCAACGCGGCCCGCGACAACAAGAAGACGCGCAUCAUCCCGCGCCACCUGCAGCUGGCCAUCCGCAACGACGAGGAGCUCAACAAGCUGCUGGGCCGCGUGACCAUCGCGCAGGGCGGCGUCCUGCCCAACAUCCAGGCCGUGCUGCUGCCCAAGAAGACCGAGAGCAGUCACCACAAGGCCAAAGGAAAGUAAUUUCCUUGAUUGGAUGGCAAAAGCUCAAGGCUCUUUUCAGAGC